AUUUUAGUGGUUGGAUUACCUAAAUGCGAUUCAAGUGAGCUGUUGUUUAGCCAUCCGUUACACUUGUAAUUUAACUGUAAUGUAACUGUUCAGAAGAGCAUUCGCUGUUUAUGCAAUAUAAACACAAAAAUCAGUAUCAACUACAAGCAAACAAAGGUAACACUUUAUUCCAAGGUGUUCUUUUUACACAUUAUGCACUUACUUUUUAAAAACACUUCGUUAUGCAUAAUUACAUACAAGCAACCCUAAGACAAACCGUAACCCUGACCACAAAGUAAGUCCAUAUAAUAAAGUGUAACCCAAACAAAUAUGAACGGACAGAUGCAAUUAAAACUUUUAUUAACAGCGGUAAUAGUACACAAAAUGCAGCAUUAUACAGCGCAGUACAGAGUCACAACAAAUCGGCUUAGAGUCGUGCGCAUGCGCGUAUCGUGGGACGCCGCAGCCAUCACCAAGGCAACAGCGAAGCCCGUAACCGAAUCUAAUCUCAAGCGUGUAACGAAAACGCUCCUUUGUUGACCGAGCUCUCUGUGCACCGGUCGCCACUGGCUCAAACUCAGAAUGCCUGUCCGUUUUAAGGGCAUCAGCGAGUAUCGAAGUAAAUACAAGGGUCGAACAACACGAUCCAGGAGCGAUUCUCCACAACGCAGGAUGCGACAGGCAGGACUGCGCUCAGACCAGUCAAGAAUUACUCAGGAACCCCAAUUCAUAUCCAAAAGAAAAGUGCCAUUUUAUCCACCUCAGAUAUCCGGUUCUUUCCGAUGGGAGGGGCAUGCUCCGGCACCACGGCGUCAGGAGAAGAGCAGGCCUGUCACACCUCCGCCUGUGUGCCGAGCCUCUAGUGCAGAAAGAGCAGGGACCCCUCUUGCCCCAAGAGGCCCUGUGCCACCAGAGGGCAUCGCUGCACCAUCCCAAGCGGCUCAGACGUACACCACCGCUACUGCAGACCGGCAGCAACAAAAACUAAACGGAGUUAAACGUGCGUUAAGGAAACGAGCGGGACUGAGAUCGGAGCGACAGAGGAAUAGCCGUUUGAGCUCUGAGUACCAGAGACAGUUCAUGUGGAAAACACCUACGGACAAUUCGCCCCUGCUGGCUGCACAUGAGAUGCUGUAUAGCAACAACGGAGCCAUCCCACCUUUCAAAUCAAACCCUGUAAUCGUGGAGAGCGAGUACCAGAGAAAUUUCAAAGGAUCACCUCCUCCCAGACCACCGCGCCUGAGGCGAGACGUUGAACAAUACGAGGUCCCGCUGCUCGAUGCAGGGAACAUCGCCACCCCAGAAAAGAGUAAGGGGAACAAGAAGAAGAAGAAGGAGCAACACAGUAGAAAGUCAAGCCCUGAAGAGGAAGUCGCCCAUCGACAGCAACAGGAAGUGAGUUCACCCUGUGCCCUGAGAGACCCUUCGCCCAAGGUUAUGAGGAAAGUGAAAACUGAAUACAGAUCCAACUUUCGAUCUCCUCUCCAGUAUAGUUACAGAGAUGGAGAAUGGGUGAAGACGAAAACUCCAAAGGAGGAGGAGUGUUGUUUUCACGAAAGGUAUCGUGAGGUGCAGGAGUUACGUGAGAAAGCUGAGGCCUACAGAAAAAGGGCCUGGGGAACUCAUUUUUCUCGGCAGCAUCUGAACCAGAUCCAGUCGGACCACAACUGGAUGUGGGAGCCUUCGAGUGGCACCUCUUCCUCGUCCAUUGAAUCUGAGGCCUGCAGAAGCAGUAGUAGCACCCCUAUCAUCGAGGCUCUGGAUCUGGCCAGGGCUGGCAGUGUCAGGGGAAGCUCUAGCCCUGGGCCUUCAGCUUCUGUGGCAGCCAGCAGGAGAAGCUCUUCUGGGUUUGCUCGUCUUCAUGAAGACCCCACCCUCCCUGUGCAGAGGAAGCUGGCCUGGGAUGAAGAAGAGGAACUUGGGGAGAGAGAUGAGUCGGAGAUUUCACAGGAGGAGCUAACUGUUGAAAAAAAUGUGGGGAAUCCAAAAAAUGAACAUUGGGACGUGAAGGAGAGAAAUGAACGGUUGCACGCGUUGGAAACUGAGUCAUCAUUAGUGGUGGACGGCUCUGAAGGUUCCAUUAACAGGGGCAGACUGCCAACCCCCAAACUCAGGACCAUACAGACUGUACAAAGAACACACCAUGAUCGCACCACUCCAGCUACUGGAGGAGCUUUGCUGGUCUCUCCUCCGAAUAUCAAACAUUCCCCCAGCAGAAUCAGGAGGAGUGAGCCGCCUUUAGGAAAACCUCACUCUCCUUACAAACAUAUCAUAGAUGGCUCUCCACAGAGGCCGCAUAGCAAGGCUGAGAGCGGAAGCUUGCCACGUUCGCCGGCAGCUGCUGGCCUGACCACCGUGGAUCCACUUCCCAUGCGAGAAGAUGCCUGGUCUGAAGAGGGGGCGGCAGACUGCUCCACCAAUCCAAGACAACCCAAGCCAUCACAAAAACAACAGACCGGCCAGCGUCACAAAGCUCCACCUGCCAACAGGAUCCAGGGCACAAUGAGAAACCCGGAAUUUCAGCAUAAUGGUAACCUGGGAAUUUUUCGUCCAGAGCUGUUUUUGUUUCCUGAAGCUGACUCGUCAGAUAAUGAUGAUAAGCUGUCUCAGAUCUCAUCUAGAUCCGCAGCCUCAUGCUCCAUGGCCUCCGAACUCUUGGGUCGCGCUCAGAGGAGAAAAGAGGAAUUCUGGGGAAAGAGAUAAUGCGGCAGUGCCCAUGAAUUGAUUGUGCAUGUGCUGAAAAAAUGGCCAUUAAUUUCUCAGGAAGUGAACGUGUACACUUUUUCUCCCAUUUUUGAAAUCUGAUUUGGUGUGAUUUUUAUUUUCAUUCAUUUGGAAUAGACUGGUAUUUAAAAUGAAAAUAUAUUUGUAAUUUAUUUUAUUUACUUGCAUUUUAAUAUUGUGCGUUCAGUAGCUAAAAAUGAUUUUGCGAAG